AUGAGCUAUGACGGCCAGAAUGCGUCUGGUGUCUGCCGGACCAGUGGACCGCUGUGGCCCAGCACCGGCAACCAGCUGCAGCGCUCUCUCCCCAGCCUCAAACCUCAUGUCAUCAAUGAUCCUGUUUCUCGAGACAUAUGCCUGGACCCUCUUUUGACUUCACUCCUCCACGACCGUCUUCUUAUGCCGCCCAAACCGACCAAGCUGGUGGCCUCAACCUUCUCCAGCGCUGCUCAGCCAUUUCAAACAGCGACCCGGCCCGACGCAUAUUCUAUCCUCGCCUUCAUCCUCAUCGCCGCCGACCCCAUACAAAAUCGACCCAAACUGCCACCGCGGCUUGCCCGCGGAACGGUCGACGUGGACCAACCCUCCGACGCUCGUUCCCUUCACCCCAUUGUGUCAUCCGACGACCCAUCCACUCCGCCCACCUCUCGACCAUCUCCCAGCACCGUCCGCCCAGCACCCAACCCCUCCUCGCCGCUUGAUCGCCCUGGCCGAUCCGCCCAACUAGCUCCGGCUUCGAAUGCGAACAUAGAAUCUUCCACUCCAAGACCGGAUCUGCCCUCCGGCUCGGUAUCGCAGGUCCUCGGUAGGCGACGACGCCCAUCUGGCUCUUCUCCGAUACAAGAUCCCAACGACCCUGCCUGUGCCGACAACGAGGCUGCUCCAGCCGGCACACAUUCAUCACCUAGUCGUCGUCUUCCAAAGAGGAGGCGGCGAGAGGGCGAAGACAUGGCGUCAGACGGCAAUUCCGUCCUACAGUCUAAUGGAAGCGGCGCCGCUCGCUCAAAUGGAUCGACUGGUGUUGCUUCUCAGAGAACUGUCUUGCCCAGUGGUGCCACUAACGGGACACACAAGGCAGCGUCUCUAGCUGCUAACGGCUCAGCAAAUGGAGACAAAGCCUCUACGUCGGUCGUCCGACCCUCAUCAUAUUUCGGACAUAACCGAGAGGAGGUGACCCGAAUUUUGAUCCAAGCAUUGUCAGACAUGGGUUAUCAAGCGGCGGCUGAGAGUGUGAGCGAGGAGAGUGGGUUUAAACUGGAAAACCCAACUGUGGCAGCCUUUCGGUCAGCUGUGUUGGAGGGCUCAUGGGCUGAAGCGGAAGAUUUGCUGACGGAAGCUACUGUGGCAGGACAGGCUGGGGAGGAUGGCGGUGGUGGAAAUGGGCUUGUGCUCGCGCCAGGCUCUGAGCGAAAUGUCAUGAGAUUUGCCAUGCGCCAACAAAAGUUUCUGGAGCUUUUGGAAACCAGAGACACAACUCGGGCACUCCAGGUUCUGAGGGGAGAAUUAACGCCGCUAGACCACGACACCGCCAAGGUGCAUUUUCUUUCCAGCCUUCUCAUGUGUCUUUCGACAGAGGACCUGAUGGCCAAGGCAAAUUGGGACGGGGCAGGGGGACAAUCACGCAAAAGGCUGUUGUCCGACCUAUCGAGGUGCAUCUCGCCAUCUGUCAUGCUUCCCGAAAAUCGUCUAGCUGUUCUCCUCCACCAGGUCAAGCAAAGUCAGAUCAACUCCUGCCUCUUCCACACCGCGGCAUCGUCGCCUUCGCUGUACGCGGAUCAUCACUGCGACAGGCGAGUCUUCCCCAGGGAUAUCGUGCUGGAGCUCACUGAAAUGCGAGGAGAGGUGUGGGAAGUGCAAUUUUCUCACGACGGGACGCAGCUUGCCGCCUGUGGAUCCAGUGACAGCGUCUUUAUAUGGGAGACUUGGUCAUUCCAGGUUGUACACGCCCUCAGCAUGCAGGUUCAAAAAGAUCACCAUUCCGGCGUGGCAAGUAUUGCGUGGAGUCCAGACGACUCGAUGAUGGUGACCUGUUCGCAGGAUCAUUUUGCGCGAUUAUGGGAUACCAAGAAUGGUCAAUUGAUCAAGAAACUGAAGAGGUUCGACGAACCUGUCAGCAGCUGCAUCUGGUCGAGCGACAGCAAAUCCUUUGUCCUCGGCACCCUCGAUAACAAGCGGAGCAUUUGUACAUUCAACAGUGAGGGCGAAGAGCUGGUCCAGUGGGACAAGAAGCACCGUGUGCAGGCCAUGGCUGGUUCCCCCGACGGACGGUGGCUUGUAGCGGCGGAUAACUUUACCAACAUGUACGUGUACAACGGGAUAACAAGAGCGUUGGAGUAUGAGCUAGAUUUGGGUGCGCAGCCAAUAUCUCUAGCCAUCAGCCAGGACUCCCGGCAGCUGCUUGUCAACAAAGGGGACAGCGAGGCCCAGCUCAUCGACUUGUUCACGAGAGCUACGGUGCAGAAAUUCCUCGGCCACAUGACGGACCAGUGCGUCAUCCGCGCCUCCUUUGGCGGGGCCAACGAGAGCUUUGUCAUGAGCGGCAGCGAGGACGGAAAAGUGGUCAUCUGGCACAAGAAUAUAGGGGCUGCUGUCGAGAGGUUGUCCAGCUUUUCCGGCAAGCGGUGCAACUGUGUGGUUUGGAACCCGGCCGAUCCAUACAUGCUCGCCUCGUGUAAUGAUGACGGAAAAGUGCGAAUAUGGGCAAACCGCAAGAGAGGCGUGGAUAUCAGGUCGAGGAUACCCGGAUUGACGGGGUGGAAACACCAUCAAAAUGAACCCGUGCCGUUCUAG